UUUUCACGUCCGCCGUCACAACAGAGAGGACCCGGUCUGCCCUGGAGCCGUGAGCUGCCGUAAGCGCUUGAUAUCUGUAGUGUUUACUAGAGCUUGUUUGCAGAUCCAUCGCAUUGAAGUUCAUAGACGGCAGAGAAAUGAUGGCCGUCAGCUCUCUUCAGGAGCACAACACCAUGCCGGCUGGUUCAGAUGGCAGCGACGACCUCAUGUCGGACUUCGAAGUGCUGCCGGCAAACGACGAAAGCCUCGCGUUUGGACCUAUCGCUGGCAACGGGCCUCUCGAGAAUCUGCAUCUGUCGCUGCCCCACGGUGACGGCACUUCGCUGUCGAGCGCGAGCGACGACCUGACUCAUCAAGAGGCGGAAGAGCGCAUCGCCAAAGUGCUCCAGGAGAACGCCAACCUAAAAGAAAAGAUGGCACAUAGCACGGCCAAGAUCCAGCAGCAGUACGAAACCUUUGUGGUGUGGCAGAAAAAACUGUCCGAGGCACAGCUCUUGCUGAAAGAAGAACUGGCAGACACACUCCGCAAGCUCGAGGAGAAGUGCUGCUUGGAAGUACAACUCAGGGAGAUGGUGGAGAAGCUGCAAGCAGCAUGCACAGAGCAUGAAGCAGAACGCCAAGCUUGGCUGGAUGCGAGCAAGGACCUUUCUCAGGGGGAUGGCAAGGCUACAAAGCAAGGCAGUGUGGUCGAAGGAGCAAGCAUUGUAUCAGGGGACCCAACAAGCUUUUGUGAGCUAGUACCUGGGCUCUUGCCAAGCAAGAACAAAACUGAACUGAGUCUGACGCAGACAGUUGUGAAGCUUCAUGGUGAACAGAGCAAGACAGCAGAGCUCACUGAGAAAAUAGAACAACUGACUGACCAGCUCGAGGCUAGGGCACAGCAGCUAGAAGACUCGAAAGAGAUGGUCUCCAAACUGAGACAGCAAGUGAGCGAGGCCGAGAGCAAGAACUCGGCCAUUACUUCACAGGCGACUAGCAAGCAAGCAGAGCUUGAGACGUCACUUCUUGAGAAAGAAGCCCUGGUCAGGGCUCUGCAAGGACAGUGUGAGGGCAAAGUUGCCGAGGUUGAAGAGCUGAGACGUGCCCUGCUGACAGCCGAGAAGAACUGUGAGCGUGCACGCAGGGACUAUGCGGAGUUACUACGAACUUGGCAGGAAUUUGAGAACACCAAUGAAGCUGGCGAGCGGACAUUUGUACGUGUGGAACAGCAGUCCGGCGCAGCUGCAUGGCGUGAAGCAGAGAAGAUGCGCCGCCACUCCGAGAGGCAGGCACAAGAACUGGCAGAACGUGAGAGCCAGAUUGAGGUGCUGCGUCAAGAGGUGGAGCGCCUCAAGAAGGACCUGGAGCUACUGCCUCCUCUCCAAGCACAGGUGGAGGUGUACCGCACGGACUAUGAUACGGAGCGAAACCUGCGACGUCAGCUGGAGACAACGGUGCAGCAGCAUCUGAACACCAUUGAGGAGCUCCGUGAGCAGAUCACCGCUCUGCAGGAGCCGCCAUCAGAGCAGAGGAGUAGCCAGAGUAGCAACCAGAGGUCUUCCGAGUCCAACUCUGCAUCGGCACAGCAAGCUGGUGCUCAGGGAAUGGAAUCGCAGUUGCCGUGUCCUCUGUGCAUGGAGGUUUGUUCAACGCGCUCGCUCUACAUUGCCCACGUCCAGAGCUGCGCAGACGGCCAGGAAGUCCGCUAGACUCGAUUGCUGUCAAGCGCACAUGCGCCAGAAAGGGAAGGGAGCCUCGGGGACAUCACCUCCUUGUGGAUAUGACCUGCCAGAUUGUUCUUUAGUCAGCCUGGAGUCUGAAGCAAGGGUCAAGUAUGAAAUUGUCAGUUUAGGCACAUGGAAGCACUGUUUGCAGCCACAUGUUCUUCGUUAACACUCGGAGAUUGUCGGCUAUGCAGUGAUCCUUUUAUUGGCAGUACAAAGGCAGGCUUCAAAAUUAAUUGGCUCAAGAAAAAAGAAUGCACCAAGUUCUCUUUUGCGUCUGCUGAAUUGCAUCGUCUUUGUCUGAAACACCUUAGCCCACUUUUGUAUAUUUGGUUAUGCGCUCGGACGAAUUGAUGUUGCAUGAUUACAAAUGUGCUGCAAUUUAUUAUUUUCGCCUUAUGGCACAAUUUUCUGUGCACAUUCUUUUCCUGCUAAUAUAGAUAUGCAAUAACAAUGCUAAAAGUAUUAGUGUCUUAAGUGCGAGUUAACCACCCAUAUUAUUGUAGCGUACUGAUGGUCAGUGCAUAUAUCUUCUGUAUUAAAGCUUUUGCACAGGGAAGAGAAAUUCCUCCUGCUGCCGUUGCUGCAGCAAGCCAGUGUAUUCCUUGUUCUCUUAAGUUAGCCACAUGCAUGUUAAAUGAGCGUGAAACUCUGGAGCUGUGUCGGGAAUGUUAACAUGUUUUACAUGCAUCUUUUGCCAACCCAGCUUUUCAGAUGAGUGCAGCUGUGUUCAGUGCAGACUGCUGCUUCUGGUAAAUUGCGCACUGAGGGCAUGCUUGCGCAUUGUUUAAUUAUUAUGAUUGGUUGCAGAUACACACUGCACUAUGCAUGUUAAUUGCUUUAUCAGAACUGUUCCAGUGCUCGUUCAUUGAACUUAAUGUCAAGCUGUUGCACUUCUUAGCUGCAGCAAAGCUGCAUCUUGUGGUUGGAAUUUACGCUCGGCCGUACAUGCAGUUUACUGACCGUGGAAGCCCUAUUGUUAAGCUAGAUUUUUCAUGAAUGCCACCGAUUGCCAUCCAAGCACGUGAUGCCGCAACAUGGUUGCUUUUGUUAUUAGUGACCAUAGUAAUGAUAUGUGUCACAAAUGUGACUUUACUGUGUGAAUUAUUUUAUCUAAGGGAGGUGUUGCGGUAGAAGAAAGAGUCUGUGAUGUGUAGCAUGAGUAUAGAAGUGCUGCGUGGUGUAAAUUUGUACAAAGAACAAGCAAAUGCUUAGUGUAGUUGUGACACCCACAUGUUUUGUAGCUUGUCUUUUUUUUUUUUUUUCAUAUCUUGGAACACUUCUGCAUAUUUGAGAGUCACAAAGAAACAGCACAUUAUUGCAAUGAAAUUGCAGCAUUUUGAAAGCUUCAGUUAUACAUAUAACUAUUGACAAACACUUAUGUUUGUAAAUACAGUCAGGUGCAUUAGGGGUUAGAUAGAGGAGAUUAGUGGUAGAUAGCCUGUUGCAGUAAUCUAAAUGUGCAGAAGCUUACAUAAAUUUUCAAGAUAGCUGAUGCAUGAUGCAGUGGUUGGGUAUGUAUAAUAUUGGACAAGCAUUAACAAAGUUUUCUAAAGCCAAUUAUUAUUAUUAUUCUUUAGAAAGAUGUGCAUCCAUGUUUACUGUAUCUAGUACUGUCUCUCCAACGUCUACAUCUGUGGGUGCUUGGUAUUAAAGAAAUAAUCUUUGUCGUACAAAGCUUGACAAUACUAGAGUGUAGAUUUUGAAAAUGUUCUGUGAGCUUGUGCUAUAUCAGGCACGUUUUUUUUUUUUUUUUUUAUCCAAACAGUGACAUAAGCACAGUGUUUGUCUAACUUUUGAUGAAACCUUAAUCUGUAGCUGACAUUGCAUUGCUGACUAAUGUGUGCUCGGCUUGAGUAUACCUGACAGUCCUUACAUCAGGAGUGUCAAUCCAAAGGCUUGCAUUGAUUGCUGAUUUGUACUAGUUAGUACUUAUGUGCGGUGAAAGUCUUGUCGGAUUGCUUGUUCAUUGAUACCGUUCUGUAGCUUUGAACAUACAUAUGUUACGUGUGAAGUGCUUUUUAUGCUCAGUCAAUUACUGCAGCAUGCAUCUUUUCAAACUUGUCGCCUUAUUCGGCAUGCAUAUAUACGGCUGUACUGCAUGUGUAUUGAGCAUGUAGGCAUGAAAUGAAAAAUAUUGACACCAUUUCAAAUGAUAAUAAAGAUGCUUUUAUUCUGUC